GCACCAGAGCUGCCGUCUUACAUCUCCACAACCAGGCUGAACUCUCGGUAGAUUUCACAGCACGUCCAAUAAAUUGCUUAAGAUCUUGAUCGCGCCACAUCUGAUCGAUCCAGGUAAGCGACGCGCAAGACGAGAUGAGAUGUGUACUAGAUCCUGGCCCUUUUGAUCCCAUAGCGCGCCACAUAUGUCCUCGCCUAUCGCCUUGAAGCAUCCUGAAGGGAUUUCUACAUUGAGCAAACCACGCAUUAGAUCGAUCGUUCUCAACGCACUGGUCAUACGUUCAACCAGUGCAAGUGCCAGCACUGAGCAUGUCACGCACACACACGGACCGUGGCUGCGAGGCUCGAGGGUCGUCCUGCCUCAGCUCAGGUAACCCGGUAUCGGGGACUGUGAUAUAUUCUACUACCUGCAUAUUGUGCGUUUCGAAGCUACGACCGAAGUACAAGGAUAUACACAAGUUUUCCAAGCUGGGCACCACUGCAAGGAGGCCGUUUGGUGGAGUGGAGAGCGACAGGCCUCAUAUCUCGGGUUGCGGUACCGAUGCUGUCGUUACCUUUCAAAGCACUCGCCAAGCGCAAAGACUCCGUGCUUCCGAGUCCAAGCUGACUCGUCUUCUAUCGUCAUGCCAAACCCUUCCUCAGAACUCCAUCCUCGACCUUGCACAGCUGUGCCGCUCCAUGACACGCUUUUUCUUCAUUUUAACCCGUGAGCGACGAGAUUCGUCACAGAUACUUUGCCACCAAAGUUCAUGUCCGUUGGAAAGCGACCCGAGCCCGUACAUCGGCCAAAUCAAUAUAGAUCCGACGAAGUCCCAUUCAGCUAGCAGAAACGGCGAUUUGUUCAAGAACGGCCCAGAAUUCCUGCCUUCGCAGGUACUGGGCGCGCACUAUCUAUAGCGCGGUCCGCGGUAGAGCGUUAGCGCCAUACUAGGCUGCCUAGGAUCUGAGCCCGAGAUGAGAAA